AUCAAACUGGAAAGUAACCCAAACAUAAGCAAAAGCAGCGGAUCAGAAACAACAAACUACAGCUGACAAGGGAAGAAACGACCACCGCCGAGGUGAAAAAUAAGUAGUAUGAAGGAUUUAAGUGCAGAUGCAUAGCACACCCUGUCUGUGUCUGUAUUUAUUUCAAUUGACACAACACCAUGUUCAGGUGGAGGUUCAGUUGGAACAACCUCACCGAGGUGGACCUCUUCACCGACCGCAGUGAGACACGUUCAGAGACCCUGUCCCAGGCCAUCAGAGCUGCAGCAUCCGAGGACCCGGACGCAGACGGCAGCGUGCUCUUCGGCCAUCUGCGCGGCACAGUGGUCGGCCUCAGAUAUUACACAGGGGUGGUGAACCAAGGGGAGAUGGUCGGUCUGGUCCGGGAGCCCCAGAAUCCGUACGACCGCAACGCAGUGAUGGUUGCCAACGUUUACGGCAACCAGGUCGGACACAUCAAGAAGGAGCUGGCGUCGGCCAUGGCCCACAUCAUGGACAACAACUUGGCCAAAGUGGAGGGGGUGGUGCCCUCAGGGACGAAAAACUCCUUCACCAUGCCCGUGAUGCUGUCGUUCUGGGGGAAAGAAGAGAACAAAAAAUCUGUGAUGGACUUCAUGGCACGUCGGGGUUACAAACUGAACACACAGGCAGCGGCAUACCAGAAAUCGACCAGCAGUCAGGGCGCUUCUGCAUAUGCGUCUAAAAAAGGUUUGACCGUCGCACUCUCUGCACAGGAGCUAAAGAAUGCAUUCGACAACCUGUUUGAAGGAUUGAUGGAGAGUAAAGACGGGGAGAAAGAAGCAGCUGAGUCCGUGGGAACCCCCCUCCUGCUUCACCAGAAGCAGGCUCUGUCCUGGAUGUGCGCUCGGGAAAACAAAUCCUCUCUGCCGCCGUUCUGGGAGAAGAGGGGCGAGCUGUACUACAACACCCUGACGCGUUUCUCCGCAAAGGAACUGCCAGAGAGGGUCCGUGGGGGGAUACUGGCCGACGACAUGGGACUGGGCAAAACUCUGACGACGAUCGCUCUGAUCCUCACCAACUUUCACAGGGGGAAGCCUCUGCCUGUGAAGAAGUGUGAGGAGCGGGCUUCACCUUUUAAAGCUAAAACUAAACCAAAGGCGGCCGUCAAACCUGAAGGUAGCAGCCGUGCAGGUGACGGAGCAGGUGGCUCUCUGCGCCCUGACAUUUCAAACGCAGGCGUGAUCCGCGUCGAUGAACCAGAUGUAAAAGAGAUAGCAGACGAGCCGGGGAAAACCACGAGCAAAGAAAAGAUGAAGCCAGCCAAGAGAAAGCCCAGCAAAGCCUUUCUCGAGGAUCUGGACUUUGCCGCAGUUCUGAGUGGAGCGACAUCAGAUACAGGCUCAAAGAAGAAGAAGACUGUGAAGAACGCCCCACACGCUGGGGAGUCAUCCAUCCCUGAAAACAGAGACGACAUAUCAACGAGGACGACUCUCAUCGUCUGUCCGCUCUCUGUCCUCAGCAACUGGCUGGACCAGUUCGAGCAGCACGUGCGUGCCGACGUGAAGCCCGACGUGUAUCUGUACUACGGUUCAGAGCGCAACAGGAGCAAGACGUUUCUGUCCUCUCAAGAUGUGGUGAUCACCACGUACAACGUCCUCUCUGCUGACUUUGCGAAUAAGAGUCCACUCCACGGGAUCAGCUGGUUCAGAGUCGUGCUGGAUGAAGGACACAUCAUAAGGAACCCAAACGCCCAGAUGAGUAAGGCCGUGCUUGGCCUCAAAGCUCAGAGGCGCUGGAUUCUUUCAGGUACUCCCAUCCAGAACAGUGUGAAGGACCUGUGGAUGCUGCUGGCCUUCCUUCGUCUGAAGCCCUUUGAUGUGAAAGAGUGGUGGAACAGAGUUAUCCAAAGACCAGUUACGCAAGGAGACAGGGUCGGCCUGCAGAACCUCCAGACGCUGGUGAAGUGCAUCACCCUGCGGCGCACCAAGAACAGCCGGGUGAAAGGGCGCCCCCUGGUGUCGCUCCCGGAAAAGACGGUGUUUGUGGAGCAGGUCGAGCUCAGCCAGCCGGAGAGGGAGGAGUACGAGCUGGCGCGAAACGAAGGGAGAAACACCAUCGGCAGAUAUGUCGCUGAAGGGACGGUCCUGAGCAAUUAUGCUGACGUCCUUGCCAUCCUGAUGAGGCUCCGACAGCACUGCUGCCACCCUGAUCUGCUGGGAAAGACGUCCUCAGAUUUAGGUGGUGCAGCGACGCCGGCAGAGCUGAGGGAGCGUCUGAUAGAAAAGCUCCGGUUGGUGUUGGCCAGCGGCUCUGACGAGGAGUGCUCCGUGUGUUUGGAGUCGGUCCGCCUGCCCGUCAUCACGCACUGCGCCCACGUUUACUGCCAGCCUUGCAUCGCCCAAGUUAUCAGCACUGAAAAGGACAUGGCUCGCUGUCCUCUCUGUCGAAGUGAGAUCAAGACCAGUGAGCUCGUGGAGUUUCCACAGGAGGAAAUGGAGGAAGACAAAAGCACAAACUCUCAGUGGAGGACCAGCUCAAAGGUGAAGGCGCUGAUGGGAAACCUGCUCAGGCUUCGAUGUGAAGACAGCACCGUUAAGUGUUUGGUCGUCUCUCAGUUCACGCGCUUCCUCACCAUCCUGGAGACGCCGCUCAGAGAGCACGGUUUCAGUUUUGUCCGUUUGGACGGCACCAUGAACCAAAAGAAACGAACUCAAGUCAUCCAGGAGUUCCAGAGCUCUGCGUCCGACAGCCCCUCCAUCAUGCUUCUGUCGCUUAAGGCCGGAGGAGUCGGGAUUAACUUGACCGCCGCUUCUCACGUUUUCCUCAUGGACCCUGCGUGGAACCCAGCUACUGAAGAGCAGUGUAUUGAUCGCUGUCACCGUUUGGGCCAGACGAAGAAAAUUGUCGUCACCAAGUUCAUUGUGAAGAACUCAGUGGAGGAGAACAUGGUGAAGAUCCAGAGGAAGAAGCAGGACCUGGUGGAGAAGGCUUUCGGCUCCACAAACACAGACAGGAAGACCUCUCGCAUCGACGACAUCCGAGCUCUGAUGGAGCUGUAGACGGGUCAACGCGCAAACAACAUGGAGUCCUUUUCUUGGUGUCGCUCGUCGGGAGAGUUAUACAGAAUUCUUUUGUACAUUUUCUUUUGUUGUUCUUGUCACGAGUUGUGUUUUACUUGUGCACAAAGGGUUCAUACUUGUCCAGAAACUGUCCAAUUUUGACUAGGGGAAAGCACAAGUGCUAUUAAGGAUGGUUUACUCCCAUUAAAUACAACAAAACCUA